AUGGAUGAAUUUAUCGAGUUGAAAAAAGACGAAAUUUUUUUCUUGUUCCAAUCUCAGGAAACAAAAUAUUCUUCAGAGAAAAUAAAAUGGGAAGCUGCACUGAAAUGGGCUAAACAAAGUCGUCGUCAUAACAAUUUUUUUCCAGACUUGUUUGAGUUGCUAAAACUUCAGGAUUUUUCUGAGAAUUUUAUUGAACAAACAGUCAGAAAUGAACCUUUGGUUAAAGAGUCGCAUAAGUGUAAAGAUUUAUUGCUUGGUCUUGUUUAUGCCAGAGACGCUGUUGAUAAACUUGUGCCACAUAUUGCUGUCUCAACAAAGACUGGUAUAAAGGCUCUGAAUCUUCAAACAAAUCAAUGGUCUAGUUUACAGUCAGAUUAUAAAGUUGGCAUUCAUCUUGUCAAUGUUGAGGAACGAUUGUAUGCUUCUGAUGGGAAUGAAUUAUCUUUGCUACUAAAUGGUCAAUGGAUCAAGAAGUCCAAGAUUGAAAGGAAGAGUGAUGAGAACGAUAAGAUGGUUUAUUUCAAGGGUGGAAUUUAUAUUAUCGGCCGUGAUCAGCAUACAUUGCGAUAUGACAUUGCCAAAGACAGAUGGGAAAAGGAUUUGCCUUCAUGUCGUCUUGAUUAUGGUUUUCAAGCCGCUGCCUCUGAUAGGUUUAUAUAUGCGAUGGGAGGUUCGUUAACAGAAAAAGAAGUAAAAGUAUACGAUCCUGGCACAAAGAAAUGGUCUUCCCUGCCACAGAUGAUUUAUGAAACAGCAGAUGGUGCAGCAGUCAUUUUUCAACGUAUGGUUUAUGUACUGGGUGGUUUUGAUGGAGAGGGUUUUAACAACCUUGUUCAAUGUUAUAACCCUGUUGUUCGCUCAUGGACGAAAAUUGCAAAAAUGAAGAUGAAUAGAAGUUGGUUCAGUGCAUGUGUUGUUGAUAAUAAAAUGUAUGCAGUCGGUGGUACUCAAGGUGGAGGCCUGACUAAGGAUUCUAUUGAAACAUUCAAUGAGGAAACUGGUGAAUGGGAAAUAGUCUGUGAAAUGAAUUGGACUGAGCUGGACUGUGUUUAUUGUUGUAACUAUGCUCAAUAG